AUGUUACACAGUAGCAAUUUUCAUCUUCAUUCGGCAUGGGUUCAGAUUUUAGGCACACAUUCUUAUUUUUUUACCAUAACUGGAAACAAAUGUAGCACAGUUCUUGUCGGGUGUUUCUAGAUUUGGAUAAGAAACAUCAGGUUUGGAGUAGAAAAAUAGGAUUUCGCCCCCAUUAGUUAUGGAUUUAGCUCUUGUCCGUAGCACAUUUUUUUACCCAAAGUAGAAACAAAUGUACCACAGUUCUUGUCUGUUGAUUCUAGAUUUGGAUGAGAAACAUCAUGUUUGAAUCAAAAAAAUAUCAUUUCGCCGCCAUCGGUGGUAUAUUUGAUUAUUGAUCACAAUAUAAUUAUAAAUUAACGUUAUUCUACGAUAAUGUGCUGAAAAAUUGAAGACAUGAGAGGGGGGGAGAGGCAAAAGCUCCAUAAUUAGUAAAUAGAGAGAGUAUGUAUGCAUGCAUGCAUGCAUGCAUUUCGACCUUUUUCAGUGUGUAAUAUUCUUUUCUUGAAAAAUAUUAAUAAUUUCUUAAUAAAGUAUAGUUUAAUGGAGGACAUAAAUUUGAGAGGUUUAUUAGGAUAUAUAUCUAAAUAAAAUUUCCCACCCGAGUACAAAUAGCACGUAAAAAAAGGUCUCCUCCACUCGUCGCUUUACUUCUCAUAUAGUAGUUGAAAAGUACAAUUCUGUCAUAUAUGGAUCGUCUCUGGGUUUAUUUGCAAAUGUUCCCCAUCUUACGGCCGCCGUCCAUCUGUGCUGCCAUUUCGCGUUUGACGGCAUCGAAGUCGUGGGUGGAUCCGUUUCAGUCUCCAGGAGUCCCCUAGAAACAUACACGCCCUUUCCCCGAGCGGAAUCGGGAGCCUGGUGGGGUGCUAGGGUUCGUCCUCGGAGAAAUCUUUGGGUGCUUCCCGAUCGGACUCUGCCAUCGCGACGUAGUCUCCGGUGGGCCUUACCUUUCAGCUCAGAUCGCGUGUUAGAAGCGUGCGGCGUAAUCAACUAUGGCAUUGGCGCUGGUGAGUUGAUCUGCAUCAUCUAUCCACCUGCCUGUUUGUGCAUUCCCUCCAUUCCGUGGGAGCUCGGCGGGUUUCGUUGGCGACCCCUUUCGUCUUGCCUAUGGUAGCUGUAUUGAAAGUAUUACGUUUCGCGUUGUGAGUCUAUUGGUUGGGGAAAUCAUGUUUUGCCUUUUCCUUCAUCAGAGACGCUCAAUUAACAGGAGAAACAUAGGGUUCGCGGUUGCCCGACUUGCGAGCACGAGCGUUGCCAAGAGGUCUUCGGGUGGCUUUUUUGGAUGGCUCACCGGGGAAAGGUCAAAUCCGCUUCCCCCUCUUGGUUCUCCUCUUCCCGGUGUCUCUCUGCCUCCCCCUUUGCCAGAUUACGUGGAACCCGGAAAGACCAAAAUCACAACUCUUCCCAAUGGCGUGAAGAUCGCAUCCGAAACAUCAGCAGUAAGGCUUAGUUUUCUUGUUUUUGUAAUAUAUUGUACAGUGCAGGCACCAAAUUUAUUAAGCUAGCUUAUGCGUGGAAUUAUCUUGACAGAGCCCUGCUGCCUCAAUAGGAUUGUAUGUUGACUGUGGUUCAGUCUAUGAAUCGCCAUUCUCAUUCGGGGCCACACACUUGUUGGAAAGGAUGGCAUUUAAGAGUACGACGAACAGGAGCCAUUUACGCAUUGUACGUGAAGUGGAAGCAAUUGGAGGAAAUGUCACAGCAUCUGCUUCUCGAGAGCAGAUGAGCUAUUCUUUUGAUGCUUUGAGGACAUAUCUGCCCCAGAUGGUUGAAGUGCUUGUUGAUUGUGUCAGGAAUCCUGUUUUCCUGGAUUGGGAAGUUAAUGAGCAGGUAGUCCAUCUCAUUAAAUUCGACUUUUUGUUCUUGGUGCUAUAAUUUUUGUGAUGAGGGCAACUUUUCUUCUUUCCUUUGCAGUUACAGAAAGUAAAGGGGGAAAUAGCAGAAAUUUCCAACAACCCGCAGGGUCUGCUUUUGGAAGCUAUUCAUUCUGCGGGCUACACUGGUGCCCUUGCAAAUCCACUGAUGGCUUCUGAAUCUUCCAUACACAGACUCGAUAGCACAGUCCUUGAAGAAUUUGUUGCUGUAUGCUAGCAAUCCGUUUCCCAUUCUCAGAAGAUAUUUUUUAUUUCUCCUUUUCGUGCAUCUUUAUUCUGUAUUAUCUCUUUGAAGAUCUCACUCUUGUCUGCUUCGUGAUAUUCAGGAGAAUUACACUGCUCCCCGCAUGGUUCUUGCAGCAUCAGGAGUUGAACAUGAGGAUCUUGUAUCAUACGCUGAACCUCUUUUGUCCGACCUUCCAAAAGUUCCUCCUCCUGAGGUGCCAAAGUCUGCUUAUCUUGGAGGAGAUUAUCGGUGUCAAGCAGAUUCAGAGGUGAAUGAUGAGAAUGCACAUGCCAUCUUCAUCUUUUUGACUUUUUUCACGUAUUUAUGUAGUUCAUUUUUAUACAGAAGACACAUGUUGCCCUCGCUUUUGAAGUUCCAGGUGGGUGGUUGAAAGACAAAGAUGCUAUGACAUUGACUGUACUGCAGGUAUUUGAUUCGUACUUUUAGAAGCAUAAAGCGUCCCAGAUAUUAAUGUUGAAAUCAUAUCAUAGAGCAAUUUUUUAUUUUCCCAUAUAAAUGAAAUCAAUUUCAUUCUUAUUUUCCAGAUGCUUAUGGGAGGAGGUGGUUCCUUCUCUGCUGGGGGCCCCGGAAAAGGAAUGUACUCUAGGCUAUGUAAGAAUAUUUGUUGUUUUAAGAUUUUCUACUUAAGGGUUGUGUACAUCCACAUCAACCGAGAUUAAUUUUGAUGCUUAUGCAUCUUAUUUUAGUCUCUAUGAAUACAUUUUCGUAAAAUCUCUUCUGAUAUCUUUCCAAAACGACUUAAUCCAACAGAUCUCCGUGUUUUGAAUGAAUUUCAAGAAGUUCACUCCUUCUCUGCGUUCAACAGUAUCUACAACAAUACUGGGAUAUUUGGAAUUCAUGCAACUACUGUGAGUCCUCUUCUCUCACUUGGAAGAUAUAUAAAUUGCUAACACAAUGCUUCUGUUCACAGUAAUUUUUUAUGUGCUGUAUCCUUCUUUAUACUUCCUAGUUGGUUGCAUGUGUGUUUCUUUUCUCUACGAUACUCUACCCUUGCAUUCUCUGCUUACAACGUGGUUUAAGUGUGUAUAUGUAUUUUUCUAUGAUUGUGUUCGACCUCUGUUUGUGUAAGUUAUGUUCUCAAGGAUAUCAACAAGGAUAGACAAAAUAUUCUGUUCUCAACAAGUGGUUGGUCCAGGUUAACCCAUGUACACAUCCUGAGGGAAACAAGCACAUUUGUUGCUCAAGAUUUUCAUGCACCAAUGGACAUUGAGUUCUCGCUUGGGCUGGUCUCGUUCUCUUGAUAAAAAGCAAUUUCCCUGUGUAGAUAGAGGAAGUCACAUGACUAGUGAGAAGUUGUAAUCCUCUUACUGUGGUUACACAUGUCGAAUGUUCGUCAUCAACCCAUUAAGAGGGUGGCCCGAGAUAGGAGGGAGCCCUCCACUUUUACCUGCUCCUGGAAAGAAGUCCAAUACAAACUCUCUAAUGAUCCAGAUAAAUUCGGACGGGGCGAAAAUGGGGAUCAUGUUUUAUACUUUUCACUUUUCGUUGCCCAGUUUGUGUUGAGUUACUUAAUGUGUAAGGAAUUGAUGCUCUUAUGUAUGGCUCUUUGAUCCUCCGGGCUGUAGCGAAUGAAUGCUAUAACAUUCCCUUGGUGGUUGGUGGGCCAACAUUGGACUGGUUGUUGGCUGUAGUUCAAAGCAUCGUAUGAAACAUGACAUUUUUUGAAAGAAGAUCCUAGUUUGACCUACGUGAUGCUUCUGAAUUACUCGUUUGGGCGUUGUGUUAGGAUCAAAUUUCACUUUUCACCUCUUUUUUUUUUUUUUUGCACUUUUUGUACUGACCGCACUUUAUACAAAUGUCAACCUGGAAAGGAUGCCCUCGUUUUUAAACAUGGGCUUAGGCCUUCUUUUGCGGCAGUGCUCCUGUGUCCAGUUAAUUUGUAGGUUGUGAAUUUGUGGGUUUGCUAGUAUUCAUUUCAGUUUCUCUUGUAUGAACAGAUGAUGUGCAUUCUUACUUCUGAUCUAAAUCUUGUCUCGUUACCAGGGACCUGGUUUUGUGUCAAAAGCUGUUGAUUUGGCUGCAAGAGAACUCCUUUCAGUGGCGACGCCGGGGCAAGGUUUGUUGAUUUGCCUUUAUUGUAAAUAAUAUUAUUUGGCAACCUUAUGGUGUCAACUGAGAUACGAUCUUCAUUUUUUGCAGUUAGCCAGUUGGAGUUGGAUCGUGCCAAACAGUCAACGAAAUCUGCAGUUUUGAUGAAUCUUGAAUCAAGAGUAUCCAUCUUAAUACUCACCGAUCUUUUGGUCUCUACGUGGGCGUAUUUUCCUCCUCUAACACUCUUUUCUCACAGAUGGUGGCUGCAGAGGACAUUGGGCGGCAGAUUCUUACGUAUGGAGAGAGGUUUGUCUAAUUUCCAUUAUGGCUGUGUUUGACUUUUUUUUUUCCCCCUCCAUUUUUGAAGAGUCUUCAAACGUAUGAUUUCAAGAAAUUACAUGGAUAAUACGAAGUUUUUGAUCUCAUCCCUCCGUGAUAUACUUUUUUUAAGAGUGGGAUAUCUUUAAGCUGGCAGAGUCCAUGAAGCCCAUUCUCUCUCUCUCUCUCUCUCUCUCUCUCUCUCUCUCUCUCUCUCUCUCUCUCUCUCUCUAGAGGCAUUUUCUUGAGCAGCCUCGGUGGGUUUCUCUCCGCUGUUGAUCUUGUCCUGUUCAUCAAGAUCCAGUCUUCUUUUCACAGAAAAAAUUGCUCAUUUUGUUAUCCCAGGAAGCCCAUCGAGCACUUUCUCAAAGCCGUCGAGGAAGUGAGUCUCAAGGACAUCACCUCCAUGUCAGAGAAGCUGAUCUCUUCGCCGCUUACGAUGGCAUCUUGGGGAGACGGUAACCUUCAGUGUGCCCAUAGUUACUGACCAUUAUGUGCGCUUAAUCUAAGAUCACAGACUCAUCCAGUUUCUUCUGAAUUUUCUCGCAGUGAUUCAUGUUCCAAGUUACGAUGCUGUCAGCCAGAAAUUCCGUGCUUAG